AUGGACAUCGACACAAUACCUCAUCAUCUCGCUGCUCUGAGAAUGCCAGCUACACAAAAGAGACAGCGUGUCUCUAUUGCUUGUGUACCAUGUAGAAAGAAAAAACGUCGCUGUGAUGGGCAGAAGCCCGUUUGCCAAGUCUGUGAAAGAGAAGAUCGCGAAUGUAGAUACACAUAUCAUCUUGAGAAGCGAAAGCCUCCGACCAAAUGCUAUAUCCAUGCACUCCACUCCAGGAUUGCUUUCCUAGAACAUCAACUCGCAGCAGCCCCCAAUGGUGCAGAACAAGGUGAGUUCCUGGGCUUCGGCAGUGACGAGGAAAUCUUGAAUACGGCUAGUCUAGAGCCUGCAUCACAUCGCUUUUCGGGCUUCAGGCGAGAGUUCCGGAUUUCGGGGGCGUACGGACUGUUCUACUCUAGGGAGCUUGGCGAACAACAGCAAAGCUCUGGCGGGGUGGGCAUCUUGGAAAAUGUAGAGUCAGUAUCAGAAGAGCUGUUUUUACUUUCUCCUGAUGCACAAAGCCAGCUUUUAGACGACUUUUGGACCUGGAGAAAUACUUGGCCAGUUCUAGUCCAUGAGCCUCUGUUUCAGAAAGAUUUGACCAGCGGCGGAGUCAAAAUCUAUGCCACCCCAACCUUAUCGGCAGCAAUGCUAGUCUUCAACUCCCAAUAUGCCAGUGAUGCACAGCUCAGUGUCUGGAGAACAUCAGGCGAGGCUCUUGCUAAACAUGCAAAAAGCAAAAUACUCGCGCAAAUAGAAUAUCCCAGUCUGGACAUUGUCCUGGCAGCAGCUAUUAUCGCUCUAAGAGAAUUAGCAGUCGACAAUCUGUCCUCUGCUUCGCAGUAUAUUGGGAUUGCUUUUCGACAUUCUCUGACUCUUGGACUUCAUGUCGAAACACCUACAAUAGAUGGAUCGAUACAAGGCUCCCAAGAAGUUCUAGAAGCCCGGUCACUUGCAUGGUGGGGUGUCUGGCUGCUGGAAAGACACAUAUCCCAAAUCCUUGGGCAGCCAAGUGCUCUACGCGACGGUGACAUGCGUCCAGGACCAGUCCCAAUCCUUCCCAGUGUCGAGUAUCGCCUAUGGUCGGUAUCUGACAAGUCAGAUCCAGAAUUGGCAUUCUCCAGUAUGUCAAAUCUUCAAUAUGCCUGUCAGCUAGUGCACAUGGUAUCACCUGUUCUGGACGAAAUUCAUGCACUGGAAUCUCCUCUAAGCAUACAUAAAAAGGAAGAGAAAGCUACAAAGACUCAUGUCGCCAUGUCCGAAUUCUACAAUAACUUGCCGAGUCACCUCAGACUCCCUGCCACCGCUACGAAGCAACUGAGCCCACCUGUGUACCAAUUCAACUUGCUAUAUCACAACUUGAAAAUCAUGCUUCAUCGUCCUUUCAUCAAAACAGCCCCGUCACUGCAUGAUUUGGAGGAAUUGAAAGGCCCGGAAAUGGUACAUAUCCAAUCAGCAACUUUUUCAGCCAUUCGCAUAACAUCCAUAAUUAAUGCGUAUAGAAACUUCUAUCCAUUGGAAAAUCUUUCCCCAUUCGCCGUCCAUAGCUUGGCAACUUCAUCUCUCGUGCAUCUUUUGAAUGCCGACUCGGCUGAUGCCACUCUGUCGCAACGGACAACGCACCUUUACCGUCUCAACAUCCGCUUCCUGGGCCAAAUGAGCUCAACGAACUAUGGCAGCAAUCGCGCAAUAGAGGCUCUUACAUCCUUAGAAUGUGAGGGGGAUGCAUCAAUCCAGCCGAAUGCCACGAAACCAUCCGUGCGUGACCGCGGAGCAGAUGGUAAUAGUUCUGUUUCCGCGGGACCAAGAGGAGCGCCAACCACAGCACUAGAAUCGAUGAACAUUUUCGGCCACAUAGAUUCCAUGGAAAAUGCUUUCGAUUGGUUUCAGUUGCCUCUGAACGAACAACUGGUUUUUGAUGAUGUCAUUGAGAGCACUUUGUGGGAGGACGUAUGCGAAAGCCAUGACCCCAUGGGCGGCCUACCGCCUCUCCACGGAAGUCUAUAG